AUGACGGAUCCGUUUAUGAAACGUAUCGAGGAAGAGUGCAAGAGAAGACUGUUUUGGUGUUCCUACAAUUUGGACAAGUACCUCGGUGCUAUGCUGGGGAGGCCAUGUGUAUUCCACGAUGAGGAUAUCGACCAGGAUUAUCCUUCCAUGACCGUCUACAAUCCAGAUCUGGGUGUGUGUCUGCCAACCGAAGAACCCAAUCGCCGCAUUCUGAUAGCACCAGUCUUGCACUUCAAGCUGGUCCGCAUCGUUAGCCGUGCGCUGCGCGAGAUGUAUAGCGUCCGGCCUCCGACACAAAAGCGCAGUGCCCUGAUCAGGAGGCAGUUGAAUGACAGCCUGAAGGCCUGGAGAAAAGAGCUACCGGCCUUUCUCGAUCCGGACCAGGUGGAUGCCAGACUGCUCGUGCCCAAUUUUCAGCGGCAGAGCAAUAUGCUCAGCUUGGCAUAUUCUCAUGCGGUGAUUCUCGUAAACAGAGGCUCGCUCAUGAACAAGCUUAGGAAAAGCGACGUCAGCUCCGACACGGCUGGAGACGAGGAGGACUCGAAUAUGAAGGCCUGCCUGUCCGCUGCCAUGUCGAUACUGAACGAUGUGGAUCAGAUACGGCGGGGUGGGAAGAUACUGCCCGCAUGGUGGUUCACACAAUACCAAGCCUUCUGCGCCGUCGUCAUCAUAUACACAUACACCGUCCAUGCUGCAUCGUCCAUGGUCCAAGAAACGCAGACGAGGCAUUUCCAGGCCGCGGAGCGCUGCCAGGCACACAUCGAGGCUAUCGCACAAGACGGAACUCUCGCGCAGCGCUACUUUAUUGUCAUGGAAGAGUUCCGCUUGGAGGCCGUGGACCACAUGAGCAGAAGCAAAGCCAAGACAGACGGCGCCAUUGCUGGACCGCUUGGUAGCGGCACACCAUCGACGAACCUCUUUACGGACGAGGAGCUUAUCCGGGUGAUGAAUGGCUUCAUUGAUCCUGGGGUGUCCCUGGGAGCCAUGGGCCUUGAUGAAUGGCCGGACCUCGACGGAAUGGAUAUCGGAAUCAAUGAUGAUAUGAAUGAGGCGGUCCGCUUUUGA